AAAAUAAAACAAUAAUACGUUUUGUCAAACGUAAUGUAGUAAUAGCUGUAUUGCUAAUAAACUCCAGUCCAGUCAGGGGCAGCAGUGAGCACAAGUGCUUCAUUACUCAAUACAAGAGAACAGCAACGAACACUGGAGUGGCUUUGAAAAUAUAUGAUUUCGGUCACCAAAAACAGUAAUAAGACAAUAAUGUCGUCUCUGGAGUCUGAGGUUGUGUCUGUUCUGGAGAUACUUGUAAAGACAACGGUAAAUGAAAUGGCGAAAGUCAUGGAGUUCUCAGGCAUAACGUUACUCCCACAAACUCACGACAAGUGUGUCACCCUGGACUUUAAGACACAGCUGAACUCUGUGUUGGAACGUAAUGCAAAGGAAGCCGUGGAGAAAAUAUGCCAGCUUUUCUCUGCCCUUCUGCAAAAAGAAAUGAGUCCAAGAGCACAGGAUGAGUUGAAAACAAGACUGAAGCAAGCUGAGAAGCAGCACAAGACUCUACAAGGAGAGACUAAUCUAAGUGACAGUUGUCUUCAAAGAAGUCAGUCCCCUGACCAUCUUACUCUAGUCUCUGCGGAGAACAUCGCCAUUGUUGUGAGCUUGGGACAAGAGGAGAUAGUAGAGACUGACCAUGAUGAAACACACACUAAAACACAGAAGACGGCAGUCAUUAGGGCAGAAAAGUCCGCGGAUUGUUCAGGAAACAGCAAGCAUCUUCAGUUCGUGGUGUUGCAGGACUAUGAUGCUGAGGACAUCAGCUGCACCGAAAUAAACAAUACUAAAAACUCCUCUGGGACUCAGGAUGAUGCGAAAUCAUCUAGAAGUUUGAGUGUUUCAAAAAGCAGAGGUGUGCGGGUGAGCCGGCAGAAGAAAGGUAAAACACUCAGCUGUAAACAAUGUAGGAGGAAAUUUGACUCGGUUGUUCUGUUGAGAGCUCAUAAGGUCGUUCAUGUGGCAGCAGAGAAACCCUUUAGCUGCUCGCAGUGUGGUCGGCGUUUUGGAAGUAAAGGCAGUUUAGAUGUACACCACCAGCUUCAUAAUGACAAGAGCCCUUAUGUUUGCAAUCAAUGCGGCAAGACCUUCACCGAACACAAACAGCUGAAGGGUCACCAGAGGAUUCAUAACGAAGACAAGACUUUCACGUGUCAAAUUUGUGGGAAGUCUUUUAAUCAAGCUUACUGUCUCAAGAAGCACCUGGUCGUGCAUUCGGGAGAGAAGCUGCAUAAAUGUGACCAAUGUGAGAAGAGCUUCAACUUUCGCAACAACCUACUUCGCCACAAGAGAAUCCAUACAGGCGAGAAGCCGUUCACCUGCCAGACGUGCGGACGAAGUUUCAACCAGCUCGACUCGCUGAAGGCACACCGUCUGACUCACACCCGCGAGAAACCACACAAAUGCAAAAUGUGCAAUCAGGGGUUUGUCCAGAAGUAUCUACUCCGGCUGCAUGAGGGAAAGUACGCAGGACAAAACGGACACCCCUGUUGUGUAUGCGGGAUAGUCUUGGGUUGCUUAAACGCCCUAAAAAUGCAUCUGCCGAUUCAUGAGGGACAGUUGCCGGUCAGUUGUACAGUGUGCAGGGAGACCCUUAGUUCUGUCAACACCUUGAAAACUCACCAACACAAACACUCUGUGACUAACAAACACAGCUGUUGUUUGUGCGGAAAGACCUUUAAGAGUGUGGCCGGUGUGAAAACUCACGAAAGGAUUCAUACGGGAGAAAAGCCUUUUAUCUGUUCUGUGUGCGGGAAGACAUUUCGGCAGCAGAACUGCCUUAAGGCUCACCUGACCUUACAUAGCGGUGAAAAACCUUUUAGUUGUGACGCAUGCGAGAAAGGUUUUUCCACCUUGGGAAACCUCCGUCGACAUCAGCGCAUACACACCGGAGAAAAGCCAUUCAAAUGCGCCGAGUGCGGGCGGGAAUUUAACCAGUCGAAUUCGCUCAAAGCUCACAUGCAUAUUCAUACAGGAGAGAAGCAGUAUGUGUGUGACAAGUGCGGGAAGAGUUUUGCUUAUCUCCGAAAUCUGAGGUCUCAUAAAUGUGUAUAAAUUUAAAGGGAUCAUUCACCUGAAAAAAAAAAUUCUGUCAUCGUUUUACUGUUGAUAUGGUAAACACCUUUGAAGUAUACUGACUUUUAUUGUAUUGACAAAAAAAGACAUUUCUAAACGUAUCUUAUUUUGUGUUCUAACAAAAAUGUGUAAAUGAAUAAAUGAUGGCAGAAUUGACACUUUUGGGGGAACUUUCCCUUUAAGUUAAAAGACAAGGUCAUAUGUGUCUUAAUUUCCAUAUGCUGAUUUCUACAAUUAGAUUUCAGUGUAAAGGAUCCCUUAAAGAGGUCAUAUGACGUUGCUAAAAAGAACAUUAUGUUGUGUAUUUGGUGUAAUGCAAUGUGUUUAUGCGGUUUAAGGUUAGAAAAUCACAUUAUUUUCUGCAUAAUGUACAUAAAUGUUGCUCCACUAUGCCCCACAUCAUAUGACCUCUUUAAACAUCUGUUUAGUGUACAGAUGAUCUUUAAAUUUAUAUUAAAUGAUCUGUUAAUACUUUGACAAACAAAUCAGUCAACAUAUUAUUUAGUAAUCUAGUAUUUUAAUAUCUAUUUAAAUGAUAUUAUCCUCUUUUUUCCUUUUGUUCCUUUGUAGGGCUGUUAGUUUGAUUUUAUUGCUCAAAAUGAAAAAAAUAAAAAACAACUGUAAUAAGAUUGUGGUUUGUGAUCUUGUUCUGAUCAAAUCAGAACAUCCAGUCAAAGCAAUGUUUCUUCUCAAGGAUUCAGUUCAUAUUGAGGUCAAUCUUAAAGGGACAGCUUACCCAAAUUCUGCCAUCAUUUACUCACGCACUUUUUUUUUUUUUUUUCUGAGGAACACAAACAGCUUUUUUUUUUUUUUUUUUAUAAUCCAUCUCUGUAAGUCCAUAUAAUGUAAGUGCUUGUAAGUGCUCCCUUAAAGUUGACUACACAAAAUGAACAUAAAAAAGUAAUCCAUAUGACCCCAGAUGUUAAAAUAAUGUCUUAUAAGAAAAAAAUAUGUUUGUGUGAGAAUUACCAUAAACCAUUACUUCCA